AUGCGUUUCGACUUCGUCUACGCUCUGUUUGUGGCAACUGCAGUGGCUAUCCCCUUCGGAGUGUCCAAGACGGGUAUUGAGGUUCCUGCAACCUCAUCAAAGCCUAUGUCGAUGCCAACGAAGAGGGCUACACCCACAGCUCAUGCCACUCCAUCUGCCUCUGCCUCUGCCUCGGGGGGAAUGGAGAAGCCAAUGAAGGCUGAGAAAUUGAUGAUGCUCUUCUAA